GCCAGAUAAGCUUUGACGGAAGACACUGGAUUUAUUUGUAAUACAUUAGAGAUUUGCAGCAUUUAACAGUACCUUCUCUCAUAUAGGCUGUAUACCAAAACAUUACUUUUCUGAAAUACAUUUGAGUGUUGUCGCCUGCGCAUAGCCGUCGGACCGGCCUAUUCGGCAUUGUUUUUUGGGGCGACCGUUAUCCAGCAACAGAGCCAGACAGGAAGAGCGAGGGAACUUAUUCCACGAGCCUCUUUAGACCGACCGGAGAUAAAUCGAGGAAACAUUCGUAAUUAGAAACAGUUACGUAACCUGGUAUAGGUGGAACGUCACGGAUACGUCUGGUAUCCAACAACAAGUCAACUUUCAGCCUGUCAUUAUUUUAUUUUUGUGAUUUUAUACGGAGAAAAGUACUGUCCGUGUUCAUGCCAGAUCUGCAGCGCUUUAGUUUUCCAUACCAUAGUAUGAAUCCUUUGUUAGAGGCGAACUCGCUUCUCCAACAUCAACAGCAGCAGAACCAAGGAGGACCGAGUCAUCCGGAUUCCCCCUCAGGCCUUCUACCCGAAGCCGUCUUCUGCUCGCCCGACCCGACAUCUUUCUUCCUGGGCGACCAUCCCGGACUGGGCUCGGAGUCUCUGCCAGGGUUCGAUUUCACCACACCCUCACAAGCCUACCUGCAUCUGAACCAUAAUAACCACUCUUAUCACCGGUCUGUGCCCCAACCUCCUGCAGCGAUGGCCCUGAGGAACGACCUGGGCUCCAAUAUCAGUGUCCUAAAGACACUAAACUUACGGUUCCGAUGCUUUCUGGCCAAAGUGCAUGAACUUGAGCGAAGGAAUAAGAUUUUGGAGAAACAACUACAACAGGCGUUGGCUGCGAAGAACAGCUGUGAUGGAAGUUGUUCUGAAAGCGCUAGACGGGCCCAUACCCAAGAAACAGGUGUACAGACCGGGUUUGUGGGAACUAUCCCGCUCAGGCCCGGGUCACUCCCGUUCCAAAACACCAAUAACUCUGCGAGACGACCCACUAUCCUCACGCUGGAGUCCAAGAACAAAGCUGAAACAAACCCCACCGAACCGAAUCAUAAUCCGACCAUCACGGUAAGCCUAUCAACCCCGACAAUCGACUCUCCAGCCGGGUCCAAUUCAAUCACCAACGGGAAAACGGUUUUCAGUACUGGCACUGGAACCCCCACCAACCCGCCUCCCCGGUUCCUCCCCGGUACUAUCUGGUCCUACAACCAUACCCGCAAGCUUGCUUCUGGCGUGGAGACGCGCGUCACCAGCCCCGGUGUGUCCUGGGUCCAGCCGGACGGGGUCGGGGUCCAGAUUGAUACCAUUACCCCGGAGAUCAGAGCCCUGUACAACGUCCUGGCCAAAGUCAAGAGGGAGAGAGAUGAGUACAAACGCAGGUGGGAGGAGGAGUACACUGUUAGAGUGGACAUGCAGCAGAAGAUGGAAGACCUACAGGAGGACCUCCAGGAGAGCGAGGGCUGUCAGGAUGAGUUGGCUGUCAGAUUGCAGCAGCUGAAGUCUGAACUGGUGCUCUUCAAAGGCCUCAUGAGCAACAACAUGUCUGAUCUGGACAGUAAGAUCCAGGAGAAGGCCAUGAAGGUGGACAUGGACAUCUGUAGACGCAUCGACAUCACGGCUCGCCUGUGUGACGUGGCCCAGCAGAGGAACUGUGAGGAUGUCAUCCAGAUGUAUCAGGUCCCUAACACCCAUUCUGCCAUCAACUGUCGCCCCCGGAAACAGACCCCGCUGUCCGUCAACAGUAGUGAGGGUGAUGAGACUAUCAGCACCUCGGAGAGUGAUGGGGGCCUGCCCAGAGAGGAGGAGCUCUGUGGCUCGUCAGCCAAUCAGAUCAACGAGGAAAUGCAGAGGAUGCUCAACCAGCUGCGGGAGUGUGAGUUUGAAGAUGACUGUGACAGCUUGGCCUGGGAGGAGACAGAGGAGACUCUGCUGCUGUGGGAGGACUUCCCAGGAUGCACUCUGGCUCCAGAGACCACCCACCAGCCAGGAGAGCAGGAAGACCAGUGUCUGGAGAAGGUGAUUAAUGACACUGAGGACUUAUUCAAAUCCAGGGAGAAAGAAUACCAAGAGACCAUCGACCAGAUUGAGUAUGACUUGGCUACAGCUAAGAGUGAUGUGUUUCUCCCCAGUAUGACUCGGCUACAGCUAAGAGUGAUGUGUUUCUCCCCAGUAUGACUCGGCUACAGCUAAGUGUGAUGUGUUUCUCCCCAGUAUGACUUGGCUACAGCUAAGAGUGAUGUGUUUCUCCCCAGUAUGACUCGGCUACAGCUAAGAGUGAUGUGUUUCUCCCCAGUAUGACUCGGCUACAGCUAAGAGUGAUGUGUUUCUCCCCAGUAUGACUUGGCUACAGCUAAGAGUGAUGUGUUUCUCCCCAGUAUGACUCGGCUACAGCUCAGAGUGAUGUGUUUCUCCCCAGUAUGACUCGGCUUCAGCUAAGAGUGAUGUGU